CUCCCUUACUCUAUAAUGGCUUCUAAGAUCUUCUUCCUCUUGUUUCUCCUCUUUCUGCUAUACCCUCAUCAACAUGCUUGUGUGAAUGGAGAUGCCACUUUGAUCCAGAGAACUUGCAAGAACACCAAGUACUACAAUCUAUGCUUCUCUUCCCUCAAAUCGGAUCCAAGUAGUCCAAACGCAGAUCCUAAAGGCCUAGCUAUGAUUAUGAUCGGAAUCGGAAUGAGCAAUGCCACCUCCACUUCUUCCUACUUAUCUUCCAAGUUGCUUAGCCCCUCCAACAACACAACCUUGAAAAGGGUCAUCAAGGAGUGUGCAGAUAAGUACACAUAUGCUGGUGAUGCUCUCCAAGCUUCAGUGGAGGAUUUGCUCAAUGAGGCUUAUGACUAUGCUUACAUGCACAUAACUGCUGCCAAAGAUUACCCAAAUGCUUGUCACAACGCUUUCAAACGGUACCCUGCUUUGACUUAUCCUCUAGAUCUUGCUCGCAGAGAAGAUGGUUUGAAGCAUAUCUGUGAUGUGGCAAUGGGGAUUAUAGAUAAUCUUGAUUGGUAGGUUUAUACAUUUCACUGUAGCUUCCACUUUGUUCUGCAAACCGUGUCAGUUAUACUAUAUCUCUGUUGUUAAGUUUGGCAACUUUGUAUCUUGUAAUGUUCUUGGUAUAAUAUAAUUAGACAUAAAAGGAUUAGUAUUUUUGAAUUUAA